AUGUUAAGAGAGCUGAGAGUUGAUACAGAGGUGGAGCACCAGCAGACAUUACUGAACCAGCUGAGGGAAGUUACUGGAACUACAGAUGUUCAGCUGUUACAGCAGGCACUGCAGGUCAGUAACGGUGACCUAGCUGAGGCGGUGGCCUUUCUCACUGAGAAGAACGCCAAGGUCCCGCAGCAAGAUGAAGCCACCUAUUACCAGACGGCCCAAAUCACCAAUGAUAGAUACAUCAGUGUGGGCAGCCAGGCUGACACAAAUGUAAUAGAUCUCACUGGAGAUGAUAAAGAUGACCUUCAGAGGGCCAUCGCUCUCAGUCUGGAGGAGUCGAACAGGGCCUUCAGGGAGACGGGCAUCACUGAUGAAGAGCAGGCUAUCAGCAGAGUCCUGGAGGCCAGCAUCGCCGAGAACAAGGCGAGCCUGAAGCGCACGCACACAGAAGUAUGGAGCGAUUCACCCAACCCUCACGACAGGAAGCGGCAGGAGAACUGUCCCGUAGGGCUGAAGAACGUGGGGAACACGUGCUGGUUCAGUGCAGUUAUACAGUCUCUUUUUAACCUGCUGGAGUUCCAGAGACUGGUGUUGCAUUAUCCCCCCCCUGCACGGAUGCAGGACUUGCCCCACAAUCAGAAGGAGCACAGGAACCUGCCUUUCAUGCAGGAGCUGAGGUGCCUUUUUUCUUUGUUGGUGGGUUCCAAGAGAAAGUAUGUGGACCCAUCCAGGGCCGUGGAGAUCCUCAAGGAUGCCUUUAAGUCCAGUGAAUCUCAGCAGCAGGAUGUGAGUGAGUUCACCCAUAAACUCUUGGACUGGCUAGAAGAUGCGUUUCAGAUAAAGGCAGAGGAGGACAGGUACAUGGACAGGAACAGAGACAUCACGCGGAUAAAACGAGAGGAGAUCAGAAGACUAAAGGAGCACCUGACCGUUCUUCAGCAGCGACUGGAGAGGUAUCUGAGCUAUGGCUCAGGGCCUAAGCGGUUUCCUCUGGCCGAUGUUCUCCAGUUCGCCAUGGAGUUUGCGUCCAGCAAACCUGUGUGUACAUCGCCUGUGGAGGACAUUGAUACAACAGCACCACCUGGUGCCACGACUGCACUGUUGCCACUUCCAGCAAGCACAGGGGAGCAGCCGGAUGCAUCUGUCCCACCCGAGGGCUCCGGCUCUGGUCUACUGGCCCAGCAGCAGCAACAACAACAGCAACAACCACAAAGAGUUUCGAUCCAUAAACCGUUCACUCAGUCUCGUGUGCCGCCAGAUCUACCCAUGCACCCCGCCCCACGACACAUCACAGAAGAGGAGCUGCGGGUGCUGGAGGGCUGUCUGCACCGCUGGAGGAGCGAGGUGGAGAACGACACCAGGGAUCUGCAGACCAGUAUAUCUAGAAUCCACAGAACCAUCGAGCUGAUGUAUUCUGACAAGUCCAUGAUGCAGGUGCCGUACCGGCUGCAUGCUGUUUUGGUCCACGAGGGUCAGGCUAACGCAGGUCACUACUGGGCGUACAUCUUCAACCCACAUCAACAGCGAUGGAUGAAAUACAAUGACAUUUCGGUGACAAAGUCAUCCUGGGAGGAGCUGGUGCGAGACUCGUUCGGUGGAUAUCGCAAUGCCAGCGCAUAUUGCCUCAUGUACAUUGAUGAUAAAAAACCCUUCCUUAUUGAAGAGGAGUUUGAUAAAGAGACGGGGCAGAUGCUCAGCGGCUUGGACAAGCUCCCUCCUGAUCUGAAGGAGUAUGUAGAGGCAGAUAACAAGCUCUUUGAGAGGGAGAUGGAGGAGUGGGACGCUCUACAGGCACGCAAACUCCAGCAGGAGAAACUGGCUCUGGCCGCCGCCAGUGUGGCCGCCCAGCCCAUGAGCACUGAACCCUGCCCUCCAAAUAACACAGCAGCCCCUCAGCAUGACCCAGAGUACAUGGAGCAGCAGUCGCCCACCGGAGACUCCAAACACCUGCAGGAGGACACGGAGAGAGCCAUCAGCAAAGCCGCAGCUGAGCAUGAUGAGAAGAGUCCAGAAGCACUGCUCAACACAUCUCAGUCAUCACAUCCCGACAGUGAGGUGACCUCUGACCCCUGUCCUCCCCUUGACCCUGAGCAGGAUGACACCACCUCCUCUCCGCCCGCACCUCAGCGGGUGGUUGAGGUGGCCAUUCCUAAUGUAGGAACCUUUGUCAUUCAGUCGAAGGAGGGAGGUUAUGAUGAUGAGGCGAUGAUGACCCCAAACAUGCAGGGUGUCAUAAUGGCCAUUGGCAAAUCCAGGAGUGUUUAUGAAAAGUGUGGGCCUGAAGCAGCAUUCUUCAAGGCGAUGAAAGUAGAGUACACUCGUUUACUGAGGUUCGCUCAGGAGGACACACCCCCCGAGAGGGACUACCGAUUGCAUCACGUCAUUGUUUACUUCAUUCACAACCAGGUGCCCAAAAAGAUUGUGGAGAGAACUCUGCUCAUGCAGUUUGCCGACAGAAACCUUGGCUUUGAUGAGAGAUGUAAGAGCAUCAUGAAGGUGGCACAUGCUAAACUGGAGCUCAUUAAGCCUGACGAGGUGAACAUGGAGGAAUACGAGAUGUGUCAUCAGGAUUACAGGAAAUUCCGUGACACGACAGUGUUUCUAUUGAUCGGCCUGGAAUUAUUCUUAAAGAAAAGUUACGUGGAAUCAUUGAUGUACCUGAUCUACGCCUAUCAAUACAACAAAGAGCUCCUGGCAAAAGGGCCGUACAGAGGCCACGAUGAGGAGCUGAUCGCACAUUACCGCAGAGAGUGCCUGCUAAAGGUGAACGAACACGCGGCUGCCCUCUUUGAGACAGGCGAGGAGACUGAAGUGAACACUGGUCUGAGCAUCAUGAAUGAGCUGGUGGUGGCGUGUAUUCCACUGCUGCUGGUGGAUGAGAUGGAGGAGAAAGACAUGGUGGCUGUCGAAGACAUGAGGAACCGAUGGUGUUCAUACCUGGGCCAGGAAAUGGAGCCUAAUCUCCAGGAGAAGCUGACUGACUUCCUGCCCAAGCUGCUCGACUGCUCAACCGAGAUCAAAAGCUUUCAUGACCCUCCCAAACUACCUUCAUACUCCACGCUGGAGCUGUGCGAGCGUUACGGCCGGGUCAUGAUGUCACUCACCCUGAGUCGAACCCCUGCAGACGGCAGAUGAGCUGUGCAGACUUCAUCUCCCCUCAACUAACACAUGCCUUCCUUAAAGCAGGGCUUUCCCAAACCUACCAACCUUUCCUUUCUCUUUUGCUGCUAGAGAUUUUACCUUAUCCUUAUCGGUAUUAUUAAUAUUAUUUUGAGGAUUCUGUUAUAUUUUAAAACUAAUGCAACAGUAAGAAUGGUGUGAAACUGAGCAGAGACGAAGAAGAAGCAUUAGACGGAUAGUUCACUCAAAAAUAAAAUUUUAGACAUCGUUUGUUUACUUCAUGUUGUUCCAAACCCAUAUGAAAAGGAGAUGUCUAGCAGAAUGUUCAAGCUGCUGGGACCAGGGACAGCUGUGGUUGGAAAGAAGAAAGUUAUAUGGACUCUAAAAUACUUGAGGGUAAAGAAAUGAGGCUGAAUUUUCAUUUUCAAGUGAACUAUCCCUUCAAAGCAAAGAAUGGUAUCAUGUUUGGUGUUUUAGACAUUGGCGCAUGCAGCUUUAGGUUUGUGAAACGAGGUUGAGGAUUCAUUUCAAUAUUUUGUUUUAUUUUAGUUUUAUUUUCCCUCAUCUUCCCUUUUCACAUGAGAAGCGGGUCAACCUGCCGCGCCACCCUCAGUUACAGUGUUACUGCAUUGUUUUGUUUUGUUUUUUCUAAGGAUGGUGAGUCAAAAAGCUGGAGGCUCUCGGAUGGGUCUGCGGACCUGACGACUGGGACUUUAACACAAGUUUUAAGUGCUGUGGUUGGCAGCCAUGGGACAUACUGUGGCUGUUAAUACAUUGAGAGAAUAAAGUUUUAUUUAUGGCUCUUUUAGGCCAGAUACAUAUUUUUUUAAAUGUUCCUCCUAAUCUUUAUUGAACUUCGCAUUGAAUGAAACUGUGCUGUGCUACUUUGGGUAUCUCAAAGAGAACGGAGUAUGUUUUCCCCAUGGACUUGGAUAGAUUUGACUGCAUCUGAAUCCUUUUUAGACUCUUCCUGAGUUUGGUUUUCCAUAAAAAGUUUCGUUAUUGAGUAAAAAGGCACAAACACUACUGCUUUCCCAAAGAAUACUGAUAACACAGUACUAUACUGAAUCUGUCUUUCACAGUCCAUCGCUGUGCAUUCAUAGUACAAUGUGCCGAGUGAACUUGCAUUGUUGCAUUGCUAGCUUCAAAGGGGAUUUGAUGCCAAGCAUCAACUAGAACUGAAAGUUUAGCAUUCACACUGGUGGAAAAUUCCUGAAUGGACGCACUCAGCAUUACCAUUGUACAUACACCCUUAUUUGUGUCAAAAAGUGUUUUUUUUUUUUUUUUUUUAAUCUAUCAGAGCAGCUUGUUCAGCACGUAUGACUUUAAAGGCUAUUAAACAAAGCUGACACAAAUAAACAAACCAAAAC